AAAACAUACAAACAAAAACAAAAAUCUUAAACUCUAAUCAUCAUUAUGGAGAUUAGAAGCUCUCCACUCUUAUUAGCAAUGCUAAUCUUGUUCAUAACCAACUCGUUCCAUUCUACUGAGUCAAUCAAAGAUUCAAGUCCGGUGCCCAUUAUUAAGUUUGACAGUAGCUAUUUCCCCGCCGGAUUCUAUUUCGGAAGCGCCACGUCUUCGUAUCAGACUGAAGGUGAAGCAAGAAAAAAGGGCAGAGGGACUAGCAUUUGGGAUACACUUGCCCAUGACUUCCCAGAAAGGAUAGUCGAUGGCAGCAAUGGGGAUGUCGCGGUUGACUUUUACAAUCAAUACAAAGAUGAUAUUUCAAAGAUGAGUAAAAUUGUGGGUAUGAAUGCUUUCAGAUUCUCCAUCUCUUGGUCCAGAAUAAUACCUAGUGGUAGAAUAAGAGAUGGAAUAAACGAGGAAGGGAUUGCAUUUUAUAACAAAAUCAUCGAUGAAGCUGUAAUCAAUGGUCUUGAGCCUUUUGUGACACUUUUUCACUGGGAUCUUCCCCAAGUUCUUGAAGACAAGUAUGGAGGCUUUAGAAGCCAAGACAUAGUGUCUGAUUAUGAAGAUUAUGCAGAGUUAUGCUUUCAAAGAUUUGGAGACAGAGUGAAACAUUGGAUCACUAUGAACGAACCAUACAUAUUUACUAUACAUGGCUAUGACACCGGUAUAAUGGCUCCGGGCAGAUGUUCAUAUUGGGUGAAUAGAGCGUGUUUAGCCGGAGAUUCGGCUACUGAACCUUAUAUCGUCGGCCAUCAUAUGCUUCUUGCACAUGCUGCAGCUGUUCAUAUUUAUAGAAAAAUGGGACAAAAUGGCAAGAUUGGAAUCACACUAGAUGUGUCUUGGCCUAUGCCUUUAACCAAUAGUGUAGCUGAUUCUGAAGCAGCCCAAAGAGAGUUAGAUUAUGCAUAUGGCUGGUUUAUGGACCCAUUGACAUAUGGUCAAUAUCCAAGGAUAAUGCAAAAUGAAAUUACUGGAAAUCGAUUGCCCAAUUUCACAAUGAGACAAUCUCAAUUACUGAAGGGAUCAUAUGAUUUUGUUGGUCUAAAUUAUUACUAUUCUAAUUAUGCUUCUGACAAUUAUACUGCUAAUCCUAAUCCAGAUCAUAUUAGAUACAUGACUGAUAGUGGAGUUAAUUUGACAAGGUAUGGAAUAUUUCCAGAUGGAUUGCGAUACCUUUUAAAUUAUACCAAAGAUACAUAUAGAAAUCCACUAAUUUAUAUCACAGAAACUGGACUUAGUGAUGAGAAAGGUCUUCCUCAAGAAGAAGCUCUUAAAGAUAUAUGGAGGAUAAAAUAUUUUAAAACUCAUCUUUGGAAUGUGCUUAGAUCCAUUUGUGACUACAAUGUGAAUGUACAAGGUUUCUUUGCAUGGUCAUUCAUGGACAACUACGAAUGGUCAAAUGGUUAUACUUUGCGAUACGGUCUGUAUGCUAUAGAUCGAACAAACAAAACCCUACCAAGACUUCCGAAACUCUCGGUUGCUUGGUUUCAACAAUUUCUGAAAGAUAAAUCUUCGAGUGGCGAACCCAAAUGCGAUAUUAUGCCCCAAAUCAAUGAUUCAUCAUCUUCCGAAGAUAUGGAAGAGCUCUAGAAUGAAAAAAAAAAACAAGAAUAAACUCACCAAUUAAUUUGGAUCUAAAUCUCAAGAAAAAUUAUUUUCAUUGUUUUCUGACAAUUAAACCCGUAAUUUAUUCAUUUGUCAUUUCAACUCCUGAAUUGUGGUAUUGAUUCAAUUGCCAGUCUCUCAAAGCAAGAGUGAAGGAGUUGGAACGAUUUAAAUUGAAUAAAUAUGAAUUUAAUUAUCAAAAAAUAGUGAAUUUUUUUUUUUAAAAAAUUUCAAUCCAAUUGAGAGGAUGAAUUAAGUAUUUCUCCAAUGUAGAAUGUUUGGAAACACUAAUUACUCUGAGAGGCAAGUAUAAUCGAUAGAUAUCGAUUAUGAAUAAUGAUGUUUAGAUAAUCACUAUCUAAUGGAAAUUCAGCCAUAUUAUGUUUCUUUGUUUAAA